AUGACCAUUUUACAGCCUCAACAUGGUUCGAGUAGGUCCGAAGAGGAGGUUGCUCCUUCACGUCUUUUUAAGAUAUGGAAGCACAUUACCUACACCCUUAUCUCCUCAGGUCACGUUGCCGUGCUCUACAAGGAACUAAAAGCUGCUAGUACUAGCCAUGAACCUGCUCUAUUAGAUCAAUUAAGCUUAAUCACUAACAGGGAGUCGAACGAAUCGAACGAUGAGUUUAAUAACAACGAUAACGAUAUAAUGAUGCUAAGCGUAGAUGAAAGCGAAGUCAUCGACGAAGUUUAUGACUUUGGCAUCCCAUCUUCUAUGAUCGAUGAGGCUGCAGACCUUUCACAUUAUAGCCAUACUCUCCCAUUACCGAGCUUUAAAGAAUUACUGGCCGUAGAGCAGUCACUUCAACAUCGCGAUGGGCAACAUACCGAGCUAGACGAGACUCCAGUCCGCUCCGGGUCGAUAUCAAGCACGCACUAA